AUGCGUUCCGCCUCGUGGACCGCCCUAUUGGCGGUCACCGGCACUGCAGUUGCCAAUGCGGUUGAUAAACGAGAUCUGCUUAAAUCGGAGCCGUUUUAUCCUUCUCCGUGGAUGAGCCCUACCGCGAAAGGAUGGGAAGACGCGUACGCCAAAGCCCGGGACUUCGUCUCCCAGCUUACCCUUGCGGAAAAGGUUAAUUUGACAACUGGUAUUGGUUGGGAGGGUGAGCAAUGUGUCGGACAAGCCGGUUCCGUUCCCCGGCUCGGAUUCCGAAGCAUGUGCAUGCAGGAUUCUCCCUUGGGUAUUCGUAACGCGGAUUACAUAUCGGCAUUUUCUUCUGGUCAGACUGUAGCAGCUUCGUUCGACAGAACCCUCAUGUAUAAACGAGGACAGGCUAUGGGAAAUGAGAACAAGAUCAAGGGUGUUGAUGUCCUUCUUGGUCCUGUUGCUGGCCCGAUUGGCCGUGCGCCAGCGGGUGGACGCAACUGGGAAGGAUUUUCUCCCGAUCCCUAUCUCACCGGUGUUGCAAUCGCCGAGACUAUCAAGGGAAUUCAAGAUGAGGGCGUGAUUGCCUGUGCGAAGCAUUAUAUUGGCAACGAGCAAGAACAUUUCAGACAGGUUGGAGAAGCUCAAGGUUAUGGCUACAACAUUACACAAACUGUCUCCGCAAAUAUCGACGACAAAACAAUGCACGAGUUAUACCUCUGGCCUUUCGCUGACGCGGUAAGGGCAGGCGUGGGAUCAGUUAUGUGCUCGUAUAACCAAGUGAACAACUCUCAAGGUUGCCAAAACUCCAAGACAUUGAACGGCCUACUAAAGAGCGAAUUGGGAUUCCAGGGAUUCGUUAUGAGCGAUUGGCAAGCACAGCACUCCGGUGCGUCCAGUGCCGUAGCUGGCCUGGAUAUGACAAUGCCUGGAGAUACUGCAUUUAACUCUGGACUCAGUUUCUGGGGUGCCAAUCUUACCAUUGCCGUAUUGAACGGCACUGUUCCCCAGUACAGAGUUGACGACAUGGCUAUGAGAAUUAUGGCAGCCUAUUUCAAGGUCGGCAGGACUGUGGAGAACCAGACCCCUAUCAGCUUCUCCUCGUGGACCCGAGAUACCUAUGGCCCCCUCUACUACGCCGCAGGCGAGGGUCACCAGCAAAUCAACUGGCACGUCGAUGCUCAAGGAGACCACGGCGAUCUUAUCCGCGAAAUUGGUGCCAAGUCAACGGUGCUGCUCAAGAAUAAUGGUGCUCUUCCUCUUAAGAAGCCUAAGUUCCUCGCAGUGGUAGGAGAAGAUGCUGGACCCAGCCCAAUUGGCCCGAACGGCUGCUCUGACCGAGGUUGCGACCAUGGUACUCUUGCGAUGGCAUGGGGUUCCGGAUCUUGCGAGUUCCCUUAUCUUAUUACUCCCCUUGAGGCGUUACAGGCGCAGGCCCUUGAGGAUCGCAGCCGAAUUGAGGGUGUCCUUAACAAUUCUGCCACAUCCACGAUAAAAGCUCUUGUUUCGCAAGCUGAUGCAACUGCUCUUGUCUUUGUCAACGCAGACUCUGGAGAAGGAUAUAUCAACGUUGAUGGAAAUGAAGGUGACCGAAAGAACCUGACACUAUGGGGCAACGGUGAUGAGCUCAUCAAGAAUGUUUCAUCAUGGAACAACAACACCAUCGUUAUCAUUCACUCCGUUGGUCCUACCCUCGUCAAGGAGUGGUACGACUCGCCUAACGUCACGGCUAUUGUCUGGGCUGGCUUGCCGGGCCAAGAAAGUGGUCGCUCACUUGUAGACGUGUUAUACGGCAAGGUAAACCCGGCCGGCCGAACUCCCUUCACUUGGGCAGAAACGCGAGAAGACUACGGUGCCGAUGUCAUGUACGAGCCCAACAAUGGCAACGGCGCGCCACAGCUGGAAUUCCCCGAAGGUGUGUUCAUCGACUACCGUGCAUUAGACCGUGCCAAUAUUACGCCUAUUUACGAGUUCGGAUUUGGAUUGUCAUACACCACUUUCGAGUACUCUGAUAUUCAGGUCGAAAAGUCGUAUGACGCAGAGUACAAGCCAACCACCGGCGAAACCGCCGAAGCCCCUACCUUCGGCAACUAUUCUACGGAACUCGAAGAUUACGCCUUCCCCAACUCCUCCUUCCCUUACAUCUGGCAGUACAUCUACCCUUACUUCAACACCACAUCAUCGCUUAAAGCCGCAUCUCAGGAUCCAGAAUUCGGCAAGACUGCAGAAGAAUUCCUGCCCAAGGGAGCUAUCGACUCCUCUAAGCAGGCUCUUCACCCUGCCGGCCCUGGUCCCAAGGAUGAGUCUGGCGGUAACCCUCAACUGUUCGAUACUCUCUACACUGUCACCGCCAAGGUUACCAACACGGGCAAGAUUGUUGGCGACGAGGUUCCGCAACUCUACGUCUCCCUUGGUGGUGAGGAUGACCCCGAGGUUGUCCUUCGCGGCUUCGAUCGGAUUACGAUUGAGCCGGGUCAAACCGCUACCUUCCGCGCCACGCUGAACCGUCGCGAUGUCAGCAACUGGGAUGUCGCAUCCCAGAACUGGGUUAUUAGCAGCGCCGCUAAGACCGUACAUGUCGGUCCCAGCAGCCGUAAGCUGCCGCUGAGCGCCCCACUAUCAUAG